AUGUUAAAUCAUCUGAAAGAGGCGCUAGUUAAUAAACUUGAAGAACAACGAGCACACGAACCUUAUUGUGUAAUUAAAUGGGAAGAUACAAGAAAAAUCGAAGUUGUCGCACAAAAAUAUAUUCGUUUACCACCAUCACAAGAUCCUGAAGAUAAAGUUACUUAUACGAUUGAUAUUGAUGGUGAAAGACGUUAUGGAACAGUUAUUGCUCAUGGCACAAAAGAAUAUUGUGAAUCUAUUCUACGCAAAUCUUCACCUCAUGACCCAAAACGUCAAGAUGAAGGAAAAAGUUCCAAAUAUAUCGAUGAUUUAUUAAUGAUGAGUAUUCUUGCAAAAUUACUCAAUAAAGCUAAAUCCAAUGAUAAUCAUGGUGACGGUGAUAUUCAUGAUGCUACAUGUGCUGUAUGUGGAAUGCAACCUAUUUGUCAAGUUGAUCGAUAUCGUUGUUUAGAAUGUACAUCACCAACUUAUGAUAUAUGUGGACGUUGUUUUGAAAAACGUCUUCAAACAGGAAAACAUUUUACUGGUCAUGCUAUGAUUCAUUUCAAAUUACCAAAUGAAGCUUUAGGAAUACAAUUUAAUAAUAUUGAUAAUGAAAUUAAUUUAAAUAGAUUAAGAAACUUAGAUACAUUGCAACAUGAACAACAUGAUGGUAUAAAAUGUGAUGGUGUUUGUCAUCAAAAAAAAUUUGUUGGUUUACGUUUUAAAUGUGAUACAUGUCCAAAUUAUAAUUUAUGUGAAACAUGUGCAAUUAACAAACAUGUUUGUACGAAAAAUCAUGAAAAAGAUCAUCCAUUAAUUUUAACUUCAAAUAGAGUUAUGCCAAAAAUCAAUCCAGAUGAUAUUGAUAUGGGAGAAGUUUUAGGUAGAGGAGCAUUUGGUUAUGUAUGUAAAGCAAAUUGGCGACCAAAAAAUCGUCAAGUUGCUUGUAAAGUAAUUGAAAUAUCUGGUGGAUCAUCAGCAUCAGAUCCAUUACACCGAAGUUUUCUUCUAGAAUUAGCUGCUUAUCGAGAAUUAUCAGGUCCAUAUAUUCUACGAACAUUUGCAUAUGCAAAACGUCAUAUACCAGCAAAUCAUAAUCGUCCACCAAAAACUCAAUUUAUGAUAUUAAUGGAAUUAAUGGGACGUGGAAGUUUACAAGGUCUUCUUGAAAGUCAACCACAUCAAUUGUCAUUAAGACGUAAAUUAACAAUGUCUCGACAAAUUGCAUCAGGUAUGAGACGUAUUCAUCAACAUGGAAUGAUACAUCGUGAUAUUCGACCUGAUAAUAUUCUUGUUACUGAUAAUUAUGUUGCUAAAAUUGGUGAUAUGGGUAUUGCUCGUGUUCUUGAUCCAACUGGUAAACAAACUCAAUUAGGUUGCAUACAAUUUAUGCCACCAGAAUUUUUUCGUGAAGCAUCCGAUGGACAUGUUAAAUAUGAUCAAAAAUUAGAUAUUUAUACAUAUGGACUUACAUUAAAUCAAAUAUUUACAGAAAAAAUGCAUGAUUUUCGUUUCUCUUCACCCGUACCACGUGUUACAAUAACUAAAGAAAGUCCAAUUUUUUAUGAUGAUAUUAUUUUAAGAUGUUUAGAUGAAGAUUCAAAACGACGACCGACUGCUAUUGAAAUUGAAAAAACUUUGGAAUUCUAUGAAGAAGCUUUUUCGGAAACAAUGAACUCAAAUUCUUAUACAAGAAUGAAUACACAACAAAAAGAUAGAGCGUUUAUUGAAUUUUAUGAAAAUAAUAAAAUAAAGAUGCAACAUUUCGUUAAAGAAAAAUUUCCUCAAGAAUUCAUUCGAGAAAUUCGGAUUGAAUUUUCAAAUAAUUAA